UGUUGAGAUUACACCCGAGAUAAUCUAACUUCAUCAUGACUGGACGCGGAGCAGGUGGCAAAUCGAAGGCUAAGGCGAAGUCUCGCUCGAGCCGGGCCGGUCUUCAGUUCCCGGUCGGUCGUAUUCAUCGGCUCCUGAGGAAGGGCAACUAUGCCGAGCGAGUCGGAGCAGGUGCCCCGGUUUACCUGGCCGCUGUCAUGGAGUAUCUGGCGGCUGAAGUGCUGGAGUUGGCCGGAAACGCCGCACGUGACAACAAGAAAACCAGGAUCAUCCCUCGUCAUCUGCAGUUGGCCAUCCGGAAUGACGAAGAACUGAACAAGCUGCUGGCGGGCGUCACGAUAGCUCAAGGUGGCGUUUUGCCGAACAUCCAGGCCGUGCUUCUGCCCAAGAAGACCGAAAAGAAGGCCUAAGUCCGGGAAGUCCGGACCGAUGGACCAAUAUGCAGUGCAGUGAUGGAUCUUCGAAUGAUGAGCUUUAUUGAAUAACAACAUAAACCGUCCUUUUCAG